UUUUCUUUUAUUGAUUUCAGCAAGUCAUUAGAAAAUCGAAUCCAAAAUGAGCUGUACGUCGCAGUGUGCCAAGUACUUUCUGUGCUUGUUCAAUUUCAUCUUCUUCAUCGCUGGAGGUGCAUCCUUAGCUGUUGGCAUUUGGUUGAUUGCUGAUCAAAAAUCCUUUGUCAAUGUAAUCGCACAAUUUGAUGAGACUAAUCUUUUGAAUAAGACAGAUGCUCAUGUUCUCGAGAUAAUUUCCUACAUUUUAAUUAUUGUCGGAGCGCUGACAUUCUUUAUCAGUUUUCUUGGAUAUUGUGGAGCAAUGUUCGAAUCUCGAUGUCUCCUGUGUGUCUACGGCGUUCUGAUCCUGAUUGUUCUUAUUCUCGAAUGUGUGGUUGUUGGACUUGCUUUUGAACUCAAAGGAGACGCCCGGAAUGAGAUAGAAAAGUUGGCAGAUUCGACUCUUGAAUCCUAUACGGGAAAUGUAGAUGCCCCGACGAUUUUAUGGGAUAAAAUCAUGACUCAGUUCCAUUGCUGCGGUUCCAAAUCUUAUAAAAGUUUUGAUGGUCUUACGAAAUGGAACAGGCAAGGAAAAAUAGUUCCAGAAUCUUGCUGUAAAAGAGGAGGUGGACGUUUAUUGGAUCAAAAUUGUCCUCUUCAUCCAACAAAUGAUAACGCUUAUAUGCAGGGAUGCGUCGAUGGAUUGGUGCAAGCUGUCGAGGAUAAUGCUGAGAUAAUAAUUGGCGUGUGCGCUGGCUUGGUGGUCAUCGAAGUUUUGGUCAUCAUUUUGGCUCUAUAUCUCGCCUGCUGUCAUUGGCGACCACAACAUGCUUGUGUAGAUGUAUCGUCAAGACAUGCCUGGUGAAGACGAAGCGAGUUAUUUUGCGUCUCAAAAAUGAUAACAUUUUGGUGCUGCUGCUGACGAGACGUUUAGAGCAUGGAACAAAAUUGAGUAGUUCCUUCUAGCAUUGCACCUUGAGUCCUUAGAGAUCCUGUGCCUUGCUCGCUUGAAAAAAAUAUAUAUAUAUAUAUAUAUUAUAUAUAAAGCUAGUCGCUCAUUGGCUGGCAAGAAUCCGUCGACAUUUUUUUUGCUCCUGGUGUGCAAAGAAAUAAAAAAAAAAUUUAAAGAAAAACUAAAAAGAAAAGGUACCGAGGAACGAGAGAUGGAAAAAUUAAAAA